AGUUGCUUUGGAGUAAAUAACACUAGUUGGCUUAUUCAAAAUUCAUUUUUGGAAAUAAAUAGCAAACAUUUUCUUUUUGAACGCAAAAAUGCCAGGAAACUGCGGGUGCAAUACGUGUGCUGGUGCGAGUCCAUGCGAAUUGAAUCGCGAUGUCUGCCAGUUGAAGGAAUUGGUAAGGUCACAGGGCAAGCAGCUUGGGCAGCUGGUCAGACACAUGAAGAUGGGCUGCAAAAAGCCCCCAAAGGAGAGCACUCUAAAGGGUCUGAGUCCCUGCCUGAAAUGCCUCCAGCCGGACGUUCUCUACCAUCUGGGAAUGGACACGGCCACAAUGGACUUUCCCAAGGUCUUUGGCGAUGUUCGGUUUGUUUGCAUGGGAGGUACGGCUGAGCGCAUGGAGAGAUUCGCUUACAAGAUUAUGAAGGAACUCAGUCUGAAGCUGAACCCGGCGACUACUCUCAGGAAUAUGGCCGAGCCAGGUCAUCGUUAUGCGCUCUACAAAGUGGGCCCAGUUCUGUGUGUCAGUCAUGGCAUGGGGUGUCCAUCGAUUUCAAUACUGCUGCAUGAGCUCAUCAAGAUGUUGCACCAUGCCAAGUGUCAGGAUCCCGUCUUUAUCAGAAUUGGUACCUGCGGCGGCAUCGGAAUAGAGCCCGGAACCGUGGUCAUCAGCUCGGAGGCUCUGGACGGAAUGUUAAAUCCCUAUUAUGAGCUAAUUGUUCAGGGCAAAGUAGUGCUGUAUUCCAGCAAACUAGACCAGUGUUUGGCCAACGAACUCCUAUCACUGGCCAUUCCUUGCGAAGAUGACUUUUGUACAAUUAGUGGUAAGACCAUAUGCACCAAUGACUUCUACGAGGGCCAAACGCGACUCGAUGGAGCCUUCUGCGACUACACGAACCAAUCGAAGACCGCCUAUCUUCAGAGCGUCCAGUGCCAGGGAGUGGUCAAUUUUGAUAUGGAGAGUACCGCCUUUGCCGCUCUCACAAACAGAGCCAAUAUACGAUCUGCCAUCGUCUCCAUGUGCAUAGUCAAUCGAAUGGAGGGUGAUCAGAUACUUUCACCACCGGAAUGUCUAAGUGAGUGGGAGAAACGACCUCAAGCGCUCGUGGCGCGAUACAUUCGCAAAGAAUUCCUCAAACGGGAUGACGACAGCGACACCGAGGCCUAUGAGGAGGUUUGUCCCAGCGCCUGCUUGGAAGGAGAUAAGGCGAUCUGAAUUGCACCGAAGCAUUAUUUCUUUACAUACAUACAUUCGGCGAGAUAACAACGUCGUCCUGCCUGAAAUAUGUAAAUACAUACUUAAAUAUGAAUAUAAAUAUGUAUAUACGAGAACCAUAAGUAAUAAAUACCUAUUGACUACAUACAUUUGUAUGACAUAUUUUAAAUGACCACACCGCCGGGAAGAACGCAGAAUAGACAAGCAACGAAUGUUUCAAGAUCACAGAAAGAAGAUCACUUAUCACCGUUAUAUGGCAUACUUCAUAAAUUUUUUUAAUGGGUAUCGGGAUCGAGAUAUAUUUACAACCCUAACCAUAUGCAUGACUAUGUCUAAAACAUAUCAUUUUUAAAUAAUUUCUUUAUUUAAUUACGAUUUAAAACAGCUCGGAGAAACAGUUUCGUCAUAUAAUAUUAACGAAAUAGGGUAUACCUAUGCCCAAACUCCGGUUGACGUGACAUUUCAUACUCACUUAUGGCGCCUUCUAUUCUCACUACGUUGCCACUGUUUUUUUUUUUGACCUUUUUUGUUUAAACCUGUUGCAGUACAAAUAUAAUAAAUUGGAGUACUUAAAAGUA